CAAAAUUACGAUGAAACUUCCAUGCCAUACAAAUCCCAACGCAGAGAAUGACUGCGUCCUUGCCGCUUGGAAGCUGUGCGAUCGCAUCCGGCAUGCACUGGACGCAAAUCAAGCCUUCCAGCUGAGAAAGUCGUUUCAAGGCCACGAUCUAUGCUCCACCGGUUACGUUCCAGGUUGCCAGUUUGCCAACAUUCUUAGCUGUGCCCUGAAAGGAUGUCUCAGCGAUAACGACAUUUGUCGGCUGGCAGACUACUUCAAAACUCCGGAUAUGGCAGGAGUGGCUUACGGACAGUUUUUAGACGUUGUAACAGGAGAAGAUGACGGAUUCACUGCUGCAGGAAGGUCGAAGCAGGUCCUUUCAAGCCACGAACACCGUCGAUUAUCUUUACUGCUGAUGGAAAUUGCUCAAGCUUUGCGUUUUCGCGAACAGGUUCUGAGGCCUUACUUCGAAGACUAUGAUCUGAUUGCUCGGAAGGGGGGAUCAGUAACGAUUGCUUACUUCAAGCGUGUUUUGUACUUCUUGGGAAUUGCCCUGCGACAAUCGGAGUGCGAGCUUCUAACUAAGCGCUUUGGGUUUGACAAUUAUAAAUUGGACUAUGAAGCGUUUGUCGAAGAGAUUGACCAACUUUUGCGAUAUCUGGAUGCGCAAGGUCCUAUUGAUCGUCAAUGUAAUGAAGAAGUUCCAUCGAAGGUUAUUGCCGUGGAGCUUCCGAAGGUUGUAAGGCCAGAAGUCGGUAAAGUGAGGUUGGAGGACGUUUUGCAGAAAAAUACAGCUUAUCACUCUUGCUUGGAACCUUCGCGAGAGGAGAGGAACUUCCGUAUGUUGAUGCUACGCAUCCAGGGUCACAUUUGGGAGAACCGUGUCCGAAUUCGCGAAUUCUUCGAACAAUACGACCUGCAUGGUUGGGGUUGGAUAAGCCGAAGUCAGUUCAUCCGAUCGAUGGAUGCGGUUGGGUUAUCCGGCUUACAUCGGCUACCGUUAACGGCUAAUGAGGUUAGAACCAUCUGUCAUCGGUAUCAGCAUCCUACGAACGGGAACCGGAUCCGCUGGGACCGUUUCACAGAUGAUAUCGACGAGGUGUUCACCAUUAAGAACUUGGACAAGGGACCAUACCGAGAGGUUGCAUCUCCACCAGAAGAGGUUCAAAAUUUGCAACGAGAAAGUAGGAUGGAUUCAUCGCAUCAAGAGCUAGCGCAGGAUGUUGUCAACUGUAUUCGUACAUUGGUUGAGUCUAGACGAGUUUUGAUAAGACCUGUGUUCAAUGAUUUCGAUCCACACCGCAACCGGCACGUGUCUCGCAGUCAGGUUGGCGAAGCACUUUCAAUGGCAGGUAUUUUUAUAACCGAAGAUCAGCGAUACGCAUUGGAGCAGCGCUACUCUGACGACUUGGGUUUCAACUAUGUGGAAUUUCUCGGUGAUGUUGAUCCUAUGCCCAAAGCUACUUCGGCUUAUGAAGACCUGCAGAGCCGGUUGGCUGCACAGAAUGCGCAGAGCCUCCAUAAACCAGAUGAGUUCGAGCAUGACAUUGUCCGAGUUCUGGCCAAGGUCAAGGGUCAAGUAGUACGUAGAAAGCUGCGUACCAUAGACUACAUGCGUGGCUUCGAUCCGCUCAACCAUUUCCGCAUCACAAAGGACCAAUUCGAACGUGGAUUAUCCACAGCAAGGAUCGAUCUUACACCAACGGAAGUUUGCACUCUCGCGAACAUGUUCAAAACGCCGCUGCAGGAUACGAUCAACUACAAGCGACUAUGCGACACGAUUGCUGAAGUUGACUAUCAGCGUAAUCUUGAGAAAGCACCCCUUUUGGUUCCGCUACAGCAUUUCCCCUCGGAAGAUGGUCCACAUAACCACCUGAACUUUGAGGAGCGAACCAUCGUAUCCCGGACACUUCAAAAGCUUACACGAUAUGCUGACGUAGUGUCCAACUUGAGCUCACUGCUGCAGGAUUUUGACCGUAACCAGUUGGGACUGGUCAAUCAUAAUCAGCUUAUACGGGCAUUGGCCACACGUGAUCUACAUACCACUAUCUCGAGUCGUGAAUUUGAAGUACUUUGCAAGUGUUUCUGCGUAGAAAAAGGUUACAGACAAGAAAUAAAUUACCGCGCACUCCUAACGGCGUUGGAUUACCUUUAUGCCAAUAGAGAAAAUCACCCUUUCUGAAGUGUCAAGCGUGGGUACGAUAGUGAUCUGAAGUGUGUAAACAUGUUCUACAAAUUCAAUUACUAUAAAUUGUUGAGGUGCGUAAUAAAAUCGAUCAGUGCAUAAACGAACAACGCUCACGGAGAAAAUCGAGGCUCAACUCAUUCAGAAUUAAACAGAUUAUGGCAGUUUUAAAAGUCGGUUUUUUAUUUGCAAGCCUGUUCGUGUUGAUUCAAGCACAAGCAAAUUGUGAACUGGAACAAUGUCCGGUUUACGGUGAAACGGAGAUUGAACACGUGUUGACGCUACUUCCGGUACCGUGGAAUUGUAGCGAGUACGUCAUGUGUAGCAGAGGAGUGCAGCAUAUUAGGCCUUGCCCGCCGGGAUUGCACUUUAUACCCAGUUUGCACGUCUGUGAGUUCCCGGAUCGCGCUACCUGUAUUGAGACUUGCUCCAGUUCUACCGUUGAUUUGGGCGAUAAAUAGAGUGAAUUCGGAUAGCGAAACGAGUUUUGUGCUUAAUUUUGAAGUGGUUCUUUAUCUGUAACUUGAUAAGUAGGGGAAAUGGUCUUGAAAUAAAAACACACGA